AUGCCUCUUACUGUGCAAUUAAAGACACCACUCACUGGCGAGUAUACGCAACCCACAGGCCUGUUUAUCAACAACGAGUGGGUUGAAGGCGUUGACAAGAAGACCUUUGAGGUCGUCAACCCCACUACCGAGGAAGUUAUCUGCUCGGUAUCCGAAGCCACAGAGAAAGAUGUCGAUAUCGCAGUAGCUGCAGCCCGAAAAGCAUUCACCGGCCCAUGGAGGCAUACCAUUACUCCUCUUGAGCGAGGUCACAUCCUGACCAAGUUCGCCGAUCUCCUUCAAGCGAAUUCAGAGCUGCUAUCCGCAGUUGAAUCUCUCGACAAUGGAAAGUCUAUCAACAUGGCAAGGGGUGAUGUCCAAUCCGUCAUCAACUGUAUUAGAUACUAUGGUGGUUGGGCCGACAAGGUUGAGGGUAAAACCAUUCCCAUCAACCACGAAACUUUCCACUACACCAGACACGAACCGGUUGGAGUUUGCGGUCAAAUUAUUCCCUGGAACUUCCCGUUGCUAAUGUUGGCCUGGAAGAUUGGACCCGCCCUCGCUACAGGCAAUACUGUUGUUCUUAAGACUGCUGAGCAAACACCCUUAUCUGCACUUGUUCUGGCAAAAUUCAUCAAGGACGCGGGUUUCCCGCCCGGUGUCCUGAACAUCAUUUCCGGUUUCGGAAAGGUCGCUGGUGCCGCCAUCUCGUCCCAUAUGGACAUUGACAAGGUCGCUUUCACCGGCUCUACCGCUGUCGGCCGUACUAUCAUGAAGGCAGCAGCUUCGUCUAAUCUCAAGAAGGUAACCCUGGAGCUUGGUGGCAAGUCACCCAAUAUCGUGUUUAACGAUGCAGACAUCGAGGCGGCCAUCUCCUGGGUUAACUUUGGUAUUUACUACAACCACGGCCAGUGCUGCUGUGCUGGUUCUCGUGUCUACGUACAAGAGGGCAUCUACGACAAAUUUGUAGAGGCUUUCAAGAAGAGGGCACAAGAGAACAAGGUUGGCGACCCCUUCGACGAGCAGACAUUCCAGGGUCCCCAAGUCAGCCAGCUGCAAUAUGACCGUAUCAUGGGCUAUAUUGAGGAGGGUAAGAAGGAGGGAGCUACCAUUGCAGUAGGUGGUGAGCGCCACGGAAACAAGGGUUACUUCAUUCAGCCUACCAUCUUCACCAACGUCACUUCCAAGAUGAAGAUUAUGCAAGAAGAGAUCUUUGGCCCUGUUGUUGCUGUGGCCAAGUUCAAGACUGAAGAGGAUGUUAUCCAGAUGGGCAACGAUAGCGCAUAUGGGUUAGCCGCCGCCGUCCACACUAGCAAUAUCACCACCGCUAUCCGUGUAAGCAACGACCUACGCGCGGGUACCGUUUGGGUUAACAGUUACAACAUGCUGUCGCACGCUUUGCCGUUCGGCGGUUUCGGCGAGAGUGGUAUCGGUCGCGAGCUGGGAGAAGAGGCCCUUUACAACUACACCGAGACUAAAUCCGUCUCUAUCAGGUUAGCAGGCCCGAUAUACUAA